GAUACUUGUCAAAUUAUCAAACCUAACCUAAUACGACAGAUCUAACUUAAAAGUUGAGAUUCCGAAUUCAAACCAAUUCAAAAUUUAAAUAGUUACUGAAGAGAAAUGAUCAGAAAUUCGCGGAUUUUGAAUAUUUCGAUAGCCUUUCGUGAUUUAUUCAGAGCACAAAGUUCCACCACCUUUGCCACCGCUGAAAAAUGGGAUUUGCUCACUGCUGUUUGCCUGGAACGAAAGCCAGUCAUUACACCGGCUAUGAAUGAAAUUGAAAGAGAAUACAAACAACUCUUAUCAGAAGUUGAACUUGAGAAAAGUCUGAAGUCGAAUAUCGAACUUCGGCAUGAAGAGGACUUAAAGCAACUUGAAAUAUUGAAGCGAGGCGGAGACUUAGAUGAUAUGGACAGUAAUUUGAAACAGACGGCACAGGACUUGAUGGACCUAUGGAGUGAAGAGGCUUCAAAAUUCAAACCUGCUAGUACAACAACUGAAGCUGAUAAGAAAAAUGAUUUGAAAUCCCUUUCUAGAAAAUUGGAUAAGAGUUUAGUAUUUGUUCUGAACCAGAAGAUUGGUGACAAGUAUUUUUAUAUGCUCCCACAAGAUUUGAGACAGGAUGGGGAAACUUUAAGACAGACUGCUGAACGCACUUUGAAACAAACUGUGGGUUCUGAAGUGAAGGCACAGAUUUUCGGCAAUGCUCCAUGUGGCUUUUAUAAAUAUAAGUACCCAGCAAGUCUUAGGAAAGAAACAGAUAUAGUUGGAGCCAAGGUUUUCAUAUAUUUUGCGAGGUACCUGAACGGCCAUAUAUUUCAAAAGAACUUGGAUUUUCGGUGGUUGGACAAAAAUGAAUUGGAGAAAAUCUUGCCACCUAAGUAUGGUGCUAGUGUAUGUCAGUGUCUGCUUGACGAAUAAUUUAUUUUGUAAAAUCAGGUUUAAAUAAUUAAAUUAAUUGUAUAUUGUUA